AUGCCAGCGUAUAAGGCAGUAAUAUUCGACAUAGGCGGUGUAUGUGUGGGCUCUCCCUUUCAAGGGAUUGCGAAAUAUGAGCGCGAGCAUGGUUUACCGCCUAAUUACAUUAAUGUGGCUAUAGUAAACCGUGGAGAGAAUGGCGCAUUUCAGCGUUUGGAAAGAGGCGAAUUAGAUCUUAACGCGUUCUACGAUCUCUUUGGAAAAGAAUUGUCUGAUCCAAAAAAUUUCGAAUAUUACAAAGAAUAUCGGCGUUUGAAAAAAGUUCCAGAAGAGAUUUUUCCAGACCGAAGUUUAUCUGAUUCCUUCAUAAUAGACGGCAAAGAACUUUUUCGUGCCAUGAUGGCAGAAGCCUCACGAGUUGAUCCUGUGGUCUUCUCUGCUCUACAAAAACUUCGAGCGAGCAAUCGAUUCAAACUUGCGGCCCUCACCAACAACUUCUUUCUGCCUAAAGAUGUUGUUGGCUUGCUUGGUGAUGCGCCAGAGAAGUUGAAGAAUAUCUUUGACGAAUUUAUAGAAUCGAGUGUUGUGGGAUUGAGGAAACCUGAUCCUCGAUUUUUUUUGUAUGCCUGUGAGAAACUUGCAAUACAGCCAAGCGAUGCUGUAUUUUUGGAUGACAUCGGAAUUAACUUGAAAUCUGCCAGUGAAUUAGGAAUGAAGACUAUAAAAGUUGAACUGGGAAAUUCUCGAAAAGCUAUAAAAGAGUUAGAAAAUGUCUUAAAUAUUGAGUUGUUAGAUGAAGACUCUAAAUUCUAA